CCUAUACUUAUAGGAGGCUCCCGUGUAUUGUUGCCUCAGAUGCUGGGUUUGAUAAAUUCUUAUAUACUUAAAGCAGCAGACAGAUUGUGGAUAUCUUGCGUUAUUGGAAAGCUCAUCCAUACAUUUCACAAUGAGUGCGGGACCGUAUCAGUCCUCGAGUCGCGGACAUGUUGACCUUUAUGGCAACGUCUUCGAGGUUCCGGAUUUCACCAUGAAGCAAAUCUACGACGCUAUCCCGCCACAUUGUUUUCGACCGUCUAUUCUCCGAAGUAUGAGUUAUGUCGUACGGGAUUAUGCACUACUCGGGGGUUUGGCUUGGUUGUUUUACACAUACACGCCUCUACUGCCUUCUAUUUGGCUCCGGGCAACGUCGUACGCCAUAUAUACCAUCAUUGCCGGGAUGAUCAUGACUGGGAUCUGGAUCCUAGCACAUGAGUGUGGCCAUGGUGCCUUUUCAAAAUCGAAGAAACUCAACAAUACAGUCGGGUUCAUCUUACACUCGUCUCUCCUGGUGCCUUACUACAGCUGGAAGAUCUCCCAUUCUCACCACCACAAAUCUACUGGAGACUUGCAACGGGAUACUGUGUUUGUUCCACACAGUAGGGAAUAUUGGGUGAAGACAACUUUCGGAAAAGACGUCGAUCCUCACAGCAUCAGCGCAGCAGAAAUCACAGAAGAUGCACCCAUAGUUACUCUAUGGCACAUCAUUCUGUUCCAAGUCUUCGGCUGGCCUUUGUACAUGCUGGACAACCUGAGCGGCCAGAAAGGAGUGCAUGGAUUUCCCCAGCACAGCCAUUACUGGUUCGGGUCUGACAGCAAAAUAUACAAGGAGUCGGAACUUUUCUUGGUACUCCUGAGUGACAUCGGGCUCUUGGUGACAUGCUCUGUGCUCUAUCUGGCUGUGAGAUUCUUUGACUGGUGGACGGUACUUGUCUUCUACGGAAUGCCGUAUCUGUGGCUGAAUCAUUGGAUAGUGGCAAUAACAUACCUCCAGCACACUGAUGGCAGACUUCCUCACUUCGCCCAUUCUCAAUGGACCUUCGCACGCGGUGCUGCGGCCACUAUCGACCGGAGUUUCAAACUUGGCUUCUUAGACAUUGACAUGUACCUCUUCCACGGCAUUGUUGGCACUCAUGUCUUGCACCAUCUCGUAUCAACCAUACCGUUCUACCACGCCUACGAAGCAACUGAAGCUGUGAAGAAAGUUAUGGGUAAACACUACCACUCCGAUAUGGACACUCCAUUGAUUACAGCUUUGUUUCGAACACAGCGCGAUUGCCAAUUUGUCGAGGAGAGCUCCGGCAUGGAUGGUAGUGGGGUGUACAUGUUUCGGAAUAUACACGGCAGGGGAACCAAGCCGCGGGACUUAGUGGGAGGGGAGGAACUCUCUGUGUGGGAUGGGCAUAUGUCCCCGCCAAAGGGGAAGGAGACUUGGAAUUGGAGAGAGAUUAUUUCGUCAGUAUGGUGAACAUUAGGAGUCUCGAAGUGGUACCCGAAUUAGGCCAAUGCAAAACGAAAGACGCAAAAUGUUGGUUGGAUAUUUGGGGGCCAAGGAAAGGACUGUUGUCUCUAUUGGGUUUAGGUUCGGUGUUUUUGUUAUUAUUAUUUUCCUCAUUUCUCAGUGUUUUUUCUAAGCGCCCUAGAACUAUAGAUCCAUAGUUUAGCGUAUAGCAAUCAACCCCCACAAAACACGGAACAC